AUGGCUGACUACUUAGGCAUAGUGCUCCUGGUUCUGCUCUCUGUGGAUGCAAGGGCAGGGCUGCUGCUGGAAGGUGCUAGGCCCUACAUUUCCCUAAUUGACGUGUCCAAUGGGGGACGCUGGGGUGACUGGGCCUGGCCUGAGAUGUGUCCAGAGGGGUUUUAUGCCAAUGGAGUCAGCUUUAAGGUAGAGCCACCCCAGGGGUCCCACAGGGAUGACACAGCACUGAAUGGGAUCCGACUGCACUGCUUCCAGGGAAAAGCCCAGGACAGCAUGUACACAGUGGAGUCCCAGAGUGGCAAGUGGGGUAUCUGGUCUCAGCCCAAGUGGUGUCCCCAUUAUGGCUACCUGGUGCGCUUUUCACUGAGGGUCCAGCCCCCACAACAUGGCUUUCUUCAUGAUAACUUGGCAGCCACCAAUGCCCGUUUUACCUGCUCUGGUGGGGAGACCCUAGAGCCACCAGGGCCAGACUGGGGGGAGUGGGGUGUCUGGAGUCAGUCAUGCACUAAAGGUAUAUGUGGCAUCCAAACACGGCAGGAGGCCCCCCGGGGAAUGGGAAAAGAUGACACAGCCCUCAAUGAUGUACGCUUCUUCUGCUGCAACCACUGA